GACAGGAUGAAGUCAUCAAGUCAUUGUCUCUCUCACGGAAACCAAACCAACAACACAAACACAACUCCCUUCGGUUUCCAUUGACGUUGGAUCCCUGCUAUUAUCUAUCUUUAUCCAUUGUUUUACUGAAGAGCCCAGCCCGAAAGACCCACCUAUAGAGGCAUCCAUUCCAACCCAAGUCAAGUCAGUUCUGUAUGUUUCAGUAAACCAUGAGGGUCCCAGUAGCCCCUCCAUCGUCUGGCAAGUCAUGGGGUGCCAAGAAGAAGGGAAACGAGGAAGCUACCGACAAGGAAGCAAAUGUUCCUGCCUGGAAGAAAAAACUCAAGUCCAACAAACCAGCGGCUGAACCCGAAACAGCAGCUGCCCCGUCUGUUCCUGCCUGGAAGCAAAAAUUAAAAGGAGGAGGAGCUGCUCCAGCCCCUCCAGCUCCUGCUGCCUCGCCUGCAAUGCCAGCAUGGAAACAAAAACUCAACAAAUCCUCCACUCCAGCAGCACCACCACCAGCCCCACCGCCACCUGCUAGCAGUACUCCCGCUUGGAAAUCCAAAUCUGCCGCUGCCCCCGCGACUACUGCGGGUGGUGCAGCCUCCUGGAAAUCCAAAAACAACAACAAUUCACCACCACCAGCUCCUGCAAGUAGCAGUGGCACACCUGCUUGGAAGGCAAAGGCCAGAUCCAAUUCCGUCAUGGAAAAACCAUCGAUACCACCGGCAUCCUCCACUCCUGCUGUGCCCGCCUGGAAGGCAAAAUUGAAAAAAUCAGAGCCCGAAAAGCCACCACCAGAACCUGAACCAGAGCCAGAAAAACCGGUGGAACCAGAGCCAGAACCUGAACCUGAACCUGAACCACCCAAAGAACCAGAGCCGGAGCCUGAACGUGAACCUGAACCUGAACCGCCGAAAGAACCUGAACCUGAACCGGAGAAAAAAGAGGAACCAAAGCCUGAGGAACCACCCAAAAAGAAAUGGAGUGGAGGGUUUCUGGACGACGACGAUUCCGAUGAUGAUGAUGAUGACGACGAUGAUAGUGACCUCAGUGACAGCAGCGAGAGUGACCGGGCCCGUAAGAAAGCACCACCACCACCACCACCCAAAAAGAGCACGUGGGGUGGAGGAGACACGGUGACCACCGAUGACGAUACCGAGGAACAAGUUACAGAUGAAGAAGAGGAGGAAGAAGAACCGUUGGAAGAAGUCAAGCCCGACCCCAAAAUUCAAGCCAUGUUUCAAAAGGCACAAUCCGCAAUGAAUCAACAAUUGGAACAACUGGAUCAUGACUUGGAACAUGUCAAGGAAGAAUUCCAAGAGGACGAAGAAGAAUGGAAAACGGCCGCACCGACCAUGGCCAAGUUGGAACCAAGGGUCGAUUAUCACAGCAUGUUGCAAAAAAGUCAAAGCAAACGCGACUUGGGGGACGAGGACGAGGAAAGUGACGAGGAGGACGAUUUGUCGUCGUCUUCCAAAAGAAGCAAAGAAAGCUACUUGGUGGUCCCAAAAGUCGAAGAUCUCGAUUUUGGUCAUGCUUCGUUAGGCGAUUUGGCAUUUGAUGAGGACGAGGCAGAGGAAGAAGAACGGGCCAUGGAGGCUGAAUUCAGUAAAGUGGUCGAAGCGGCCGAAACAGACGAAGUCGAUUAUUCCGCACUCAUGCGAGAUUUUGGAGAUGAGUUGGAAGACUACAAUGAGGAUGGCACCGGUGUGGGAGAAUUGAACAUUACGGUUCAUCAGUUCGAUGCACUCAUGAACGCGGAGGCGACCGAACAGGCACAAAAAGUCGCGGAAUACGAUUAUGCACUGGAUGUAGCCGAAAUUGAAUUGGAAGAUGCCGAUGCAGAGCUUGCCAACGAGGCCAGGAAAGCUGCCGCCGAGGAUUCCUUGGUCAAGCAGAGACUCAAAGAGACCGCGCGAAACACGGCCAAUGCGGUGUACGACCCAGAGGAGGACCCAGAGUUGGAAUCCAAAGCUCGAAACCUCAUGUUGCUGAAACAUGGAGCCAAUUGCCGCCUGCCAGCAGGAGCCUGCAAAUUCGGCUUUUGUGUACAGAGCAGACAAAUGAUGCAACAUAUCAUGUCGUGCAAAGAUCGACAAUGCUCGAUGGGGUUCUGCCCGAUGUCCAAAUUCGUCCUUCGCAAUGCCAAGCUCAUUAAUUUGGCCAUGGAAAAGCUAGCCAGGGCCGCGGCGACUGCAAGGGCUGAACAGCAAAGAAAGCGACAAGAAGCGGAAGCCAAGGCCCGAGCUGUCGCUGAGGAAAAGGCCAAGGCUCAAGCUGCUGCCAUGGCGGAAGCGCAACGGGCUCAGAGAGAACAGGAAGAAGCAGAAAGGGCCGAAGAGGAGGCAUUGGCAUUGGCGCGCGCUGAAGCCCAGGCAGAGGUGGACGCAGCUCGAAAGGAGAUUGAAGAAAUGAAAAAGAGGCGCCAAACCUUGGCCGAAACAGAGAAAACAAAGAGUGAGGUGGAAGAACUCAAAAAAGCCGCUGCGAAGCAAGCUGCUAAGAAGAAGAAAAAGAGCAAGAAAGUCUCAGAAGAGGACGAGAGCUCCAGCGAAGAAGAAAGCUCCGAAGAAGAAGAGAGUUCUGAGGAAGAGGAAGAGGAAGAGAAGUGAUGAUGAAGAGAGUGACAAACCGACCAAAAAGAAAGCGAAAUCAGUUGCCAAAAAGAAAGCAAAGGCUGUCAAGGAUGACUCAACUGAAGAUGAAAGCUCAGAGGAGGAAGAGAGUGAUGAAGAGAGUGACACACCAACCAAAAAGAAAUCGAAAUCAGUGGCCAAACAGAAAGCAAAGGCUGUCAAGGAUGACUCAACUGAAGAUGAAGCUAGAGGAGGAAGAGAGUGAUGAAGAGAGUGACACACCACCAAAAAGAAAGCCAAGCCA